AUGUUUGUGGUCAAUUCCAGGGUCAGAACUCGCCGUUUCGCCCUGCACAGGAGCUGGCGCAGCUUCCGACUAGCGGCCACGGCCGCUACUCCCUGGGGACGAUCGUCAGCUUGCGCUGCUGUCAUGAUUGCACUUUCGCUUGAAGGGGCUUUUCGAGUGCCAGUUUCCAGUGCCGAUGGUGGCAUUUUCUCGGCGGUGCAGAUCAAGUCGCUCGGGAGCUGUGGCAGCGAAGAAAACUGUGUCUCCUCUUCCGCAAUCGGGAGUCCCGUCAAGUACGGCGCGCCGUGGUCGUAUGCUACAGUCACUGAUAGUCCUCGAGAAGCCUGGUCGGCACUCGAGGCGGCGGUAAGAGCGGAGCCUGGCGUCGCUGUCCGCGAAGUGGAUGGUUUCUAUCUACAUGCGACUGCACCGAGUGUAUUUCCACCGGGCGGCGAGGACGACAUCGAGUUUCUGCUCCGACCUGAGGAGAAGCUUGUACUUUACCGAUCGAGGUCACAGAAGGUCACCUAUAUAUAUCCUUUCCAUCAACCGCUUGGUGACUUUGGGUCCAACAGAAAACGUUUGGAACGAAUUCGGGAUCGUCUCGGUUGGCAAACACUUGACUUUUUCGAAACGCAGUGA